AUUUAUAUUAUUUUCAUUGCGAUUUGUGUAACUUGAACAUGUGUAAGCUCAUCGUUAUUACGUAUACAGACAUGCCAAAAGAUAUAUACCCUACCUUGCAGUAUAUAAAUCUUGCUCGUGUGAGUUGCUAAAUACAUACAUUCUGCGUUCUACAUUUGUCGCACUGGGUUUUCCCAGGUGAUCGUUGCAAGACUAUUAAUAACACAGGACGCUCCAGUUAGAAAUCUCAUUCUAAACGUGACUCGUCACGUGAUUGAGUGGUACGAGUCACCAUGUUUGUCGUGUUAGCGUAACAGCAGUAUGUAUGAAGUCGGCUGUGCAUUGCACCCAUCUGUAUGCAGUCAGCUAUCGGAAGCUAUCAGCAGCGUAUCAGCUAUACCUUAUUGUGUUGUGUAUAUGCAGUAUCUCUAAACUAUUGAGAUUCAUGAAAAUGAAGACGUCACUUUCACUGCUGGAUGUCGAUCUCGCACGAAUUCCAAAUGGAUUUGUUCUUGGUCCAGAUGAAGUAAACUCUCUGCUGGCACAUGCUGAUAAAGGAGACAAACGGGGUUUUGGUUUGCAGGCCCUUGUGAACCUCUCCUAUCGAGCCCCUGGAAGAUACCCCCAGCAGCCGGCUCUGUUCUGUGAUGAACGACUUCAGACGUUGGCCAUUGGACACGACGCCAUUGCAGCAAUGCCACCUGAUAGACACCGCAUGAUCGCCAAGGCCGGAUUUUCUCGCUGUGGCAACACGACAACGUUGACGUGCUACCACUGCGGAUGUCAGGCUGCAAACUGGGAGCCGGAUGACGACCCGUGGAACAGACACGCAGAGCUUCAGCCUAACUGCCCAGUGGUCAAGAGGGGUGUGACCACCACCACCGAGGGAGGGCGACCUGUCGACCGACUCCUGAAGAGAAGUGUGUCCUGUGAAUAGACUCACCGCCACACCAACUCACUCACUGACCACCAUGCAUGUAUCUCCAGAAAAACUGUCCUCGCAACAAUCAUAUAGAAACCGUCAACUGUUGAGGAAGUAAGCACAGAUAAAAUGCACAUUCCGAUUUUAUUCAAAUACCUCAAUUAAAAAUAUUAAGUAAUUAAAGCACCUUUCGAAACCUUCAGUAAACACAGGUAUGUAGUCUAUAUUAUUCCGACAACAUAAUCUUAAAAGAAGUGUGUCACUAAGAUCCACAUUGGAUCUUCUUGGUAAAGA